AUGUGUAACUUGCAAACAGCUCAAGAACUUUUUUGCAUGCCUCUUUAUAUUGCUCAAGAAGUUUUUAUUGGAUAUCCUCCAUAUCACCUUGCACUUAAGAUUUGUAAAGGUCUCAGACCUAAAAUUAGAUGUGAAAUUCCUCAACUACUUUUGGAUCUGAUAAAUAAAUGCUUAGAUAUAGAAUCUCAAAAUCGACCAACUUUGAGAUUUCAGCAAAUGUUUAAAGAGGCUGGGUUUGAUAUCUAUACAUGUCAUGAAUUAAUUGAAGUAAGGAAACCCCAAAGAACUGAAGUCGAGAAAGCCACAGAGAAUCGUCAUUUAGUUGUAAAUGAGUUGAUUGAAAGAAUGCAUGAUGUAUAUUGGCGGGUGAAGAGAGG